UACUUGAACUCAAUUUCUGAUCAUUUUUUUCUCUGUCGCUGUUUUUCCACCAGAUUCCAAUCCAUCAUCCUCUCCCCCAAUUAGAUUUUUCAGUUCCUUUCAAAUGCACAAAUUCCACAAACUUCAGCAACCUCUCUCUGUUUCUCGAUCUAUGUUUUCGUUCCCAAGCAACCUCUUCUUUUUUCUCCUCUCUCUUCUUUCUCACAAAACCUAAUUCUUCCAUUCACGCCUCUCUUCUUUCCCCCAUUCAAACAACGGCCCUCCCUCCCUUCCCACAUUUGCAAAUUGGCCCUCCUCUUACUCCAUCCAUUGAUUCGCCAACACCCCGACAUUGUUGGGAUUAACCAGCGUUUUUUGCCCUGUUGAGUUUUGAUAAUCUCUUCCGUAUUCAAUCGCCGAUUUUUUCCCUUUCCUAUAGGGUUUUUUCCCCGUUACCGUUGUAGAUUUCAUUCCAAUUUCUGACCAAGAUAUUACUACACACUUAUAUUUGCUAUUUUUGCAUAUACUGUUAAUAUCUGAAAUUAUUUAGGGUUCUGUGUUUGUGAUCUUUUUUCUGAAACGCCCAUAAUUCUUCCUGGAGGCAUUUACAGCACAUAUACCAUUUUCUAAAACGCCUAUCUGGGCCUGCUUGUUGAGCGCUGAAAGUUUCCCUUUUAAGCAUAACUGUCAACGAUUUGGAUAAAUCGUCAGAUUCUGGGGUUUAUUGAACCCCAAAAUAACCUCUUUGUAUUAACGUCCAAAGUUACGUCUUUUGCUUUUGGUAUCUGUUUUUUGUCUUCUUUCUUGUUGUUUGUUUUGGGUGGAAGGAGAUAUUGUAGUUAUUGAGGGUUUUGUGGGAGAAAGUUUAAGCUUGCAUGGGAGAGCAUGAGGAAUGGGCACAGCCACCGAGUGGACUAUUGCCGAACGGCCUGUUGCCCAAUGAAGCAGCGUCCGUAAUGCGAGUGCUCGACUCGGACCGAUGGUUGAAGGCUGAGGAGAGGACUGCAGAGCUUAUUGCCUGCAUCCAGCCCAACCCGCCAUCUGAGGAGCGCCGAAAUGCAGUGGCAGAUUAUGUGCAGCGGCUCAUCAUGAAGUGCUUCCCCUGCCAGGUGUUUACCUUUGGGUCCGUUCCCCUCAAGACUUAUUUGCCUGAUGGUGACAUUGAUUUAACAGCCUUCAGUAAGAAUCAAAAUUUGAAAGAAACAUGGGCUCAUCAAGUUCGUGAUAUUCUGGCAAAUGAGGAGAAGAAUGAGAAUGCUGAAUUCCAUGUGAAAGAGGUUCAGUACAUUCAGGCAGAAGUGAAGAUAAUCAAGUGUCUUGUGGAAAAUAUUGUGGUGGACAUAUCAUUCGACCAGCUUGGAGGAUUGUGCACUCUUUGUUUCCUUGAGGAGGUUGAUCAUUUGAUAAAUCAGAAUCAUUUGUUUAAGCGUAGCAUUAUAUUGAUAAAGGCCUGGUGCUAUUAUGAGAGCCGGAUCCUGGGUGCUCACCAUGGGCUUAUCUCAACUUAUGCCUUGGAAACCUUGGUUCUUUACAUAUUUCAUGUCUUUAAUAAUUCCUUCGCCGGACCACUUGAGGUCCUCUAUCGUUUUCUGGAGUUCUUUAGUAAAUUUGAUUGGGACAAUUUUUGUGUUAGCCUAUGGGGUCCUGUGCCCAUUAGUUUGCUUCCAGACGUAACAGCUGAACCUCCUCGAAAUGAUGGUGGAGACUUACUACUCAGCAAGUUGUUUCUAGAUGCUUGUAGCUCGGUGUAUGCUGUUUUCCCUGGUGGUCAAGAAAAUCAGGGGCAACCCUUUCUUUCCAAGCAUUUUAAUGUAAUUGAUCCUUUGCGGGUAAACAACAAUCUUGGCCGUAGUGUCAGUAAAGGUAACUUUUUUAGGAUACGUAGUGCUUUCACAUUUGGCGCUAAAAGGCUGGCAAGGUUACUUGAUUGCCCAAAAGAUGACCUAUUGUUUGAAGUAAAUCAGUUCUUUUUUAACACUUGGGAGAGACAUGGCAGUGGCCAUCGUCCUGAUGCCCCAAGGAAUGACUUGUGGCACUUGAGAUUGUCCAAUUCAGACCACUUAAAUGAGUCUGAGAGUCUCAGGAGUAAUUCAAGUGACCAAAGAAAUGAUUUUUCCUCUCAUCAUGAAAGUCAAGUUGAUGGAACACGAAGUUCACUUGGUGAUUCCUUCCAGCAUGGUAAUCAUUUCCUGGAAAGUGCAACUAGAACCAGUGAUGGAAACCCAAACAACUCGAGGAUAUCCAAUCAGGUUAGACGAGAAAUCAGUUCCAAUGAAGGUGCACAUGUGGAUAUGGUUCAGAAAAGUUCCAAUGCUGAUAACCUUGCAAAUGACAUCCAGGGGAAGUUUGUCUUUGCAAGGACACGUUCCAGCCCUGAGCUUACUGAAACGUAUUGUGAAAUUUCUUCUCGUGCAAGGUGUAGUAGAGCCCAGAAAGUGGAAAAGCCCAGAACUUUUCUGCUAGGUUGGAUAAUAGGAGUAAGAACCAAGAAUCUGAUAUUUUGGCAAACCAUAGUGCUAGAACUGAGGAACCUUCAUCUGUUAGGCACUUCUCCACCCGUCAUGGUCUAGACACUGCUGCUGAUUCAAACAACGGUUCCAAUAGUUAC